UAUAAAUUCAUCUUCAUCUUGUUCGUUGCUGAGUCAGUGUUGAGUCUGCGCAGGUGUCUGCGUAUAACUGUGCGUGAAUCUCUCUUCCUUCGAAGCUUCACUCAUCAUUUCACCAAUAUUAUUUUAACACAAUUGCAUCUCAAGUCCCUCAAAUCCAUAGUAUUUGUGCAUUGGAGGAGCUAUUUGAGCAUUUCCCCUCUUUCUAUAAUCUGAUAUCCAGUUAUAAGGGGCAUAAAAUACUGACCCUUUCUUGAAUCCUCAUGAGUCCAGGGAUGUAUAGUUGAUUUGGAAAUGCAUUGUUUGGCAGCUUGUUACAUGGGAUUCGAUCAACUAAUGGGUUCAAAACCUGUUGAAGAUUUGAUAGAGGCUUCUUCAGGGGUUCAUUUCUCUGGAUUCCACUUGGAUGGAUUAAUCUCCAGUACUUCAGAAGUUGAGCAACCGACAACCUCUGCAGAAGAUGUGCACAAGCAACCCUUUGUCAUCGGAGUUGCUGGAGGUGCAGCAUCAGGGAAGACCACAGUUUGUGAUAUGAUUAUUGAGCAACUUCAUGAUCAGCGUGUUGUACUUGUUAACCAGGAUUCCUUUUAUUACAAUUUGACACCAGAAGAACUUACAAGAGUGCAAGAAUACAAUUUUGACCAUCCUGAUGCAUUUGACACUGAGCAAUUACUUUGUGCUAUGGAGAAAUUGAAGCAUGGCCAAGCAGUAGAUAUUCCCAAAUAUGACUUCAAGAGUUACAAAAAUGACAUUUUCCCUCGUAGAAGGGUAAAUCCUUCAGAUGUUAUCAUUUUGGAGGGCAUUCUCAUUUUUCACGAUCCGCGUGUUCGAGAUUUGAUGAGCAUGAAGAUAUUUGUAGAUACAGAUGCUGAUGUACGCUUGGCCAGAAGAAUCAGACGUGAUACAGUUGAGAAGGGUAGAGAUAUUGGAAUGGUGUUAGACCAGUACUCAAAGUUUGUGAAGCCAGCUUUCGAUGAUUUUAUUCUUCCAACAAAGAAGUAUGCAGAUAUUAUCAUUCCCCGAGGAGGAGACAAUCCUGUUGCCAUUGAUUUGAUUGUUCAACAUAUUCGCACAAAACUUGGUCAACAUGAUCUUUGUAAAAUAUAUCCUAAUUUGUAUGUGAUUCACUCAACUUUUCAGAUUCGUGGUAUGCAUACACUUAUACGUGAUUCCCAAACAACAAAACAUGAUUUUGUCUUCUAUGCUGAUAGAUUAAUACGUCUGGUUGUUGAACAUGGUCUAGGACAUCUUCCAUUUACAGAAAAGCAGGUGAUCACCCCAACUGGAUCUGUAUACACUGGUGUGGACUUUUGCAAGAGAUUAUGUGGUGCCUCUGUAAUAAGAAGUGGUGAAAGUAUGGAGAACGCCUUGCGAGCAUGCUGCAAAGGUAUCAAGAUCGGCAAGAUUCUAAUCCAUAGAGAGGGUGAUAACGGUCAGCAGUUGAUCUACGAGAAACUUCCACAAGAUAUUUCGAAUAGGCAUGUCUUAUUGUUAGACCCCAUCCUGGGAACAGGAAAUUCGGCUGUUCAAGCUAUUUCUUUACUUCUAAGGAAGGGAGUACCCGAAUCCAACAUCAUAUUCCUUAAUCUCAUUUCAGCACCAAAAGGAGUACAUGUAGUCUGUAAGCGUUUCCCUAAAAUAAAGAUUGUGACAUCUGAGAUUGAAGUUGGAUUAAAUGAAGAUUUCCGUGUUAUCCCAGGCAUGGGAGAGUUUGGUGACCGAUAUUUUGGCACAGAUGAUGAUUGAACCCCGAUCGUCAGCCACUGGAAAGAGUACUCUGCUGAAUUUAAUGAACCAGUGAGGCAGCUAUUGCUAGAUUCUGAAAAAGUUUUGACUGUUUUUCCUUUAAAAAAAAGAGGCAUAUCUCAUAUGCUUUUUUGCUGAUUCAUAAGAAAAACAUAGGAGGAGGAUAGAAAAUCAAUCAACUGCAGGUAGCAGGAUGUGUGCGAUGUAUGUCCUACUGCGUGUAUUGUCUAUUGUUGUCCUGGCAUUUUAUAGGUGUUACAUGUGCCAGUGUUACGUCCUUAAAGGGGCAAUAUUUAGAGGACACUGCAAAUUUCCUACCCUCUAUAGUUGCUGUUCGUUCAAACAUUGGCAUGCAUGGCACUGCCAAGUUUUCUGGUUGCGUUA